UUCUAGCACUGUCAAACUUCUUUUAAGGUCCAUGGUGAUUCCCCCUUCGGUCUUCAUGUGGCGAACCAGACUGCAAAUGGCCCCCUAUAUACCAAGCAUUAGACGAUGCUAUAAAUGCGGCCAACUCAACCACGCAACUAAAUUUUGCAAAAACUCAGCGAAAUGCCUACUCUGUGGCAAGGACCUUCACCCAGAGCAUCAACAAUGUGUUACUAAACCAAAUUGCAUCAACUGUAACGGCAAACACCAUACGCUGGCCAAGGAAUGUCCGGAAACUAUUAUAAAGAAAAAGGCAACGGAACUUAUGGCAUUUAAGAAUAUUAAUUACAAUCUGGCGAAAAAGAAGUUAGUUCAAGGAUUCUACAAUAAACCAGAAACCAAUAAGAUCCUGCCUCAUCUCUCCCAGGGAACGCACUUUCCAUCUCUGGAUUCACCAUUUAUUGGAAGAUCUUUUGCGGCAAUUACGAAGGGCUCAACCAACUCUAAUUCGUGCUCCUCUCCUCCGAUCAACCCUUAUCAUCCUGGCUCGGAGUCACAGGAGGGCAACAGAAAUAUCAUCUUUAAAUUCUUGGGACUUCAGGCUAAGGACUCGAAUGAAAAUAAAGAUAAAUGGAUAAAAAUAUUUAAACACUUGGAAAAAGAUGCCAAGUGGAAUUGCCAGAGUAUACUUAGGAAAAAACUGGAACUAGAAACCAGAAUACAAGACUUUCAAAUAGUGGCAUUGUCGGAGACGUGGCUUACCAAAGAAGAUAGAUUCUUGAUAAAAAACUUUGAUACCAUCCGAAAGGAUCAUACUGGUCGAGUGGGUGGUGGAAUUGCUCUACUAGUGAAGAAGCCUAUCCAAUACCAGGUACUAAAUAAUUUAAAUGAUUUGGGUGGUAAACUAGAAGUUUGCGGCGCACGCAUAUUCUUUAAUAACGGACAGCUGAAUAUCAUUUCCCUUUAUAAUCCGCCGGCUAGUUGUAUUUCUGCUUAUGAGUGGUCUUCCUUUUUUUCUCAAUUUCAAGGUGACUCCGUGUAUUUGGGUGACUAUAAUGCUCAUCACCCGUCUUGGGGUAAUAAUUACUCCUGUCCGGUAGGUAGGUAAUAAUCUAUUCUCAUCACUGAUUGAUAGCGACUUCUUCGUUCUAAAUGACGGUUCCUCCACUAGAAUUCAACCCUUCACCAAUCUUCGAUCGGCUAUUGAUUUAUCAAUUACAAAUAGUGUACGUAUGGCGAGAUCAAGCUGGAGAGUUCUAUGCGACUUUUGGGGUAGUGAUCAUCUUCCUAUUACUUUAUCCCUUUCGAACGGUUUUCCUCAAACCUUACAAUUUUCUAAUAACACUAGAUUGCACAAGAAAAGAACAGAUUGGAUGAAAGUUAAAGAUUUUUUUUUCCAAAAUUGCCAGCUCCUCUCCUCUAUACUGGAAAAUUCUUCCCUAGAUAUUCAGUGCAAAUACUCAUCCUUUUUUUCGGUUAUUGAAAAUUGCAUUCUAGAGGCCACUCCUAACCCUGCUAGUCGUUGCUCUCGGCUUGAUCCUUCAAGGACAACUUUUGAUAAAAAGGCCAAGUCUUGGUGGAAUGAAGAAUGCGACAAAGCGGCCAGACUUCGCAAAGCGGCGUUUCUUAAAUUCAGACACUCCCCUACGAGAGAAAAUUAUCUAUCGGCUAAAAAGCUUGACGCUCAGGCCAAAAGUUUAUUUAGGAAAAUAAGGAGAGAGAAAUUCCUGGAAUUCUGCUCCUCUCUGAAUAAAUACUCUAACCUGAAACAUUCUUGGUACACUAUUAAAGCAAUGAAUAACUCCUUGCAGAGGAAUGAAACUUCCAACUCUUACAAUCCAGAAACUUAUAGUACUAUCCUAAAUCAAAUAGAGAGCCUGGCUCCUCCAUGGUGUCAACCAAUACCCCCUAUCAUUCAUAUAAAUGAACACUCUCACGUGUUGGAGUUUCCAUUUUCUCUAGAAGAACUCAACUUGGCAAUAGAUUUAUCUAAGCCAAAAUCGUGUCCAGGCUGAGACGGUAUAGACUACCAAAUCUUUAAGGUCUUCUCCCAAGACUUAAGAAUCUUACUACUCGCAUUAAUUAAUGAAAUUAUUUUUACGGGCUCUUUUCCAGCAGAAUGGAGACAAUUCUCGGUUUUCUUCAUCCCUAAGAAAGAUUCCAACAAAUUCAGGCCUAUCUCUUUGGCUCAAUGUUCGCUCAAAUUGACUGAACGAUUAAUUAAUAAUCGAUUAUAUUGGUGGUUAGAAAAAAAUAAGGUAUUACCUAAUUCCCAAUUCGGAUUUAGGCAAGCUAGAUCUUGCAUUGAUAAUAUAGCCAUUCUCCACUCGAUUGUAAUAAAUAAUUGGAAUCUCAAUCAAAAUACAGGCGCCGUUUUCCUUGACAUUCAAAGUGCAUAUGACGACGUGCUCUGGGAUGUACUUUUGAAUAAGCUUCAGGCUCUCAACUUUCCAAACAUCUUUACAAAGUUCAUCUUUAACUUAGUAUCACAUAGGGAAGUUAUCUUCAAGCAUGGUAAUUUAGAGGAAAAGAGGUCAGUUUUUAAAGGCCUUCCUCAGGGCAGUGUGCUCAGCCCUUUAUUAUAUAGCAUCUAUGUUAUGGAUCUGGAGAAAAUAAUCUACAGUAUUCCGGACAUACAUAUUUUACAAUUUGCGGACGAUGUCUGCAUCUACGCAUCUUAUUCAUCUACAGACAAUAUUUACAAUAAUCUUGACCGCUUUAGAAGCGGUAAUGGACUGGUAUAGGGAAAUCGGCCUGUCUCUUUCGUCCCAAAAGUCUCAAUUCUGUAUGUUCAGUAGAAAAAGAUCUCCAUACCACUCUCGGCCCUUGAGAAUAGGGCCUUCUAAUAUUACCUCUAGUACAUCGGUCAAAUUUCUGGGUAUGAUUCUUUAAUCCAAUCUCAAAUGGAAUAAGCACAUCAAUUAUAUUGUGAGCAAAUGCCAAACUCCUUUGAAAAUUAUCUCUUAUUUAAGAUCCACGUGGCUGGGAUCUCAUCCAUCCCUGCUUCUCUCUCUUUAUAAAAGUAUAGUGCGCUCAAGAAUCGAAUAUGGAGCUUUCUUGUGGUCAGAUAUUCCUCAGUAUCUCAAUAACAAACUUAUUGUAACACAGAAUAAAGCAGUCAGAAUCGCAAUGGGUUACAGGAAAUCCACUCCAAUAAAUGUUAUUUUAAGCGAGUCAAAAAUCCCUCCUUUAGAUAUUCGUUUCCUAUUUUUAGGGCGUAAUUACAUGUCCAAAAUUCUAACUCGAAUCGGUCAUCCUUUAAUUGCUAUCAUGGAGAGUAUCUACCUUUGACAACCCUACAACUACUCAUAUAACUAAAACCUCGAAUCUUUUUAAAUGCUAUCUGGACUGUGUUAAUCUUUCUCAUCUCACAUUCUCCUCUCCGUGCCCUCCUUACUGCAAUAAUUCCAUCAAUGCUCAAUUGUAUGCACCCUCGAUAUCUUUUACCGAAGGCGGGAUUCUGAAGUUUUCUUCUAAUCCUAACUACCAAUUUAAUCAGUUAUUUCCCCCAUCUAACAGCAUCCAUCGCUUUUUCACCGACGGCUCUAAAUCAGAUAACUUACCUUUAACGGGUUUUGCAGUGUUUGACUCUACGUACAAUAAGACUUUUAAAUUUAGAACUACUAACAAGGCAUCCAUUUUUACUUGCGAAGCUAUG